AUGGAGGAGAAGAAAACUGUAAUGGGAAGAGAAAACUGCAGAGGGAAAGGUGGGAAAGCAGGAUUCAAAGUAGCAAUUCUUGGAGCUGCAGGUGGAAUAGGACAAUCCUUAUCCUUGUUAAUGAAGAUGAACCCUCUCGUCUCUUUACUUCAUCUCUACGAUGUUGUCAAUGCUCCUGGAGUCACUGCUGACGUUAGCCAUAUGGACACUGGAGCUGUUGUUAAAGGUUUCUUGGGAGCCAAGCAGCUUGAGGACGCUUUAAAGGGUAUGGAUCUUGUGAUCAUACCAGCUGGUGUACCGAGGAAACCAGGGAUGACACGUGAGAUGACCUCUUUAAAAUCAAUGCUGGGAUUGUUAAGACACUAUGUGAAGGGCAACCCUGUGAACUCCACUGUGGCUAUUGCCGCUGAGGUUUUCAAGAAAGCUGGAACUUAUGAUCCUAAGAAGCUCCUUGGAGUUACUACACUCGAUGUUGCUCGUGCCAACACAUUUGUGGCUGAAGUUCUUGGACUUGAUCCAAGAGAAGUCGAUGUACUAGUCGUUGGUGGACACGCAGGAGUCACAAUUUUGCCACUAUUGUCACAGGUUAAGCCUCCUAGCAGCUUCACACCAUCAGAAAUAGAGUACCUCACGAACAGGAUUCAAAACGGUGGAACUGAAGUUGUGGAGGCAAAAGCUGGAGCUGGUUCGGCAACACUUUCAAUGGCAUAUGCUGCAGCAAAGUUUGCAGAUGCUUGCCUUCGAGGGUUAAGAGGAGAUGCGAAUGUCAUUGAAUGCUCUUUUGUUGCUUCACACGUUGUGACAGAGUUACCUUUCUUUGCAACCAAGGUGCGUCUUGGACGUAUAGGAGCAGAGGAAGAGUAUCAGCUUGGGCCAUUGAACGAAUACGAAAGGGUUGGUCUGGAGAAAGCAAAAGAAGAGUUAGCAGGAAGUAUUCAGAAAGGUGUCGACUUCAUCAGGAAAUGA